ACUUGUAGCUCACGUGACCCACGUGGUAUUUUAUGGCGGUCCAACAGAGAAGGCUCCCUGUUAGUUCAGUACAGAGCCCUGCAGUAUCAGCUGCAAUAGCUCACCUCCAUCAUUACAGUCGGGCUAAAUCAGCUAUAAGAUGGGGAGCACUCAGUUCAGUUGCCAUGAUAGCACUUCUGGUUGACAUGUACUUUUGCUUGAUAGCUUUUUUGACGAGUGUCAGCACUUACAUCAUUCUGAUGAUAGAAUCAGUUCUGCUAUUUUUACUAUUUUUAUGCGUCCUGUACGACAUCGUGUAUUACGUCUGUACAGUGUGGACUAACUCGAAAGUGAAAGUAACGCAAAAACAAAAAGAUAUGCUUGGAAUACCCAAAGAAAUAUGUGGUUUUCAAACAGUUUCUACUCCGGUUAAUUUUCCUUCAAUUUCCUCCACGCCCACUCGACCCAAGUACACGCCUCCUGCAAUAGCCACACCCUUUUCCGGUAAACCCUCUCCUAAUAAUUAUUACUAUCAGACUCCAGGGUCUACUCAAUCCCAGUACAGCACUCCCUCACAUUCUCAUUCCUUUUCUAAUAAUAGCAUCUACUCCCCAAGCAGAUCUCCUGGCCACACCUCUUCCCCUUUUACUAGCGAUCGUAUAUCUACCAGGAAAUCUUUGACGGAGUAUUUGAGAGGUGAAGAAGAAAAGGAGCAGAAGCAUCUUCACGGUUCUCCGGAUUAUUUGUCAGGUUCUUGGUACGGGUCUCCUAAUGGAGGGGGCGGAGCCCCAGCUCUUCGUAAAUAUCACGUAGCUACAAGGACACCAUAUUCUCCUGAUGAUGAUGAAAGAGAUUCUGAAACAUUAUGGAGUCGACUUCGAAUUAAGAAAGAUGACGUUAAUGAAUGGACUGUCCGCUGUCGUAAGUGGUUAGCUCAGACUGUCAUAAUUCCAAUAUCAAAAGAAAUUCACUCGAUGAACAAGAAACUGGAAGGAAUAGGCUCAAAGAAAUUAAUUGGAAUUGCUAGUGUAGCCCAGUUGCAGGAUGAAGCCAUCCUAAGGGGAAUGAUACUCCCCAGUCUAAGUAUGCUGUUACGCUACCUGAGCCUAUCGACCAGACAGGACUAUCUUGUGAAGAGAAUUCACGAUUUAGCUGAAGGUGGUAGUAUUGUUAAUUUCAAGUGGGACUCUGGUGGAACAUGGAAGGGUAGGAAAUGGGACCAAGAUUCACCUACUGACACAGAAAUUGUUCAAUAUUUUCUUUGCACGUAUUUGGACUCUCAGAUCCCACCCUCUCCACAGUUUCCUGAUGGCAAGACUUUCACUAGUCAAUACUUUGUCAAAACUCCUGAUAAACCAGAAAGCAAGAAAUCUACAGUGGCCCUCUAUCAGUCAAGCAUCAAUCCUCCUCAAUUUAAAGUUUUAUGGAAAGACACAGUCAUUGAGAUUCCAAAGGGAAGGAAUAAUCUUUUUUAUGCUAUUAUCGUUUUCUUGCACUAUGUUAAACAUGAAGAGAAAGGAUUGUUAGGGCAUUUAGACCUUGAGCUCUCUGGACUCAACUUAUUGUGGAUAAUUGACAAGUCGUAGCCAUUUUAAAAUGAACGUAUGAGAUAUAUUGUUAACUUAAUGGAUGGUUUUUCAAAGAGAAUGCUAUGAUUGAACUGUUCAACU